CUUUGGCUUUUCUUCCAAAAAUACUCCAUUGCCACCUCCAUCUCGGCGGGUCCAGAUCGCGCGUCUCUUCAGCUUCCCGAAAUCUGUGGACGGAUCCCAAGAUCUAUCUAUCUAUUUGGCUCUGCAGCGAAAACGUAUGCCGCUCCCCUAGCCAGUAUCCGCCGCCGUCAUAGAGACGCAAAUCAAGAUCCCAAUCGAAAUAAAAACGGUUUUGAUGAAAAUUUUUAUUUUUGUGACCGAAAAGUAGGGAAAAUUUUAAUAAGCGAUCGCAGACCGGCCGCAAACUUUUCGAGAUUACAGUGUGCAGCGUGACGGCAGCGUGAAAAUGAUCUCGUGCUGAGAUUAAAGAUUAAAGAGUAUCUUCUGAAAGAAGAGCGUGCCCAGCGUUAGUGAGUUAGUCCGUAGAGUUAAGCCGAAGACACGGAAAUACGGCGUGGAGUGAGGUCGAUUUUUUUACACAUUCGUAUCGAUAAAUCGAAAACAGUAGUUAAAUCAGUGCAUUCCCAACAAAGUUCGGAAAAGUCGACCAGUCCACCUGUGGAUUAACUACCAGGACCCAACCACUGCAUCCCUUAGAAGCAAAGACGGAGCGCAAGAAGAUGCUGGGACUAGGCGAGGUGACGCGAAGAGCAUCACGACGAGCAUCGUUACGUCGGGGAUCCGUUUCCGUGCUUCCACAGAAAUCACAUGAGAUCCCAUGGGACAUCCUUGAGCGUCUGCUGAUGCCCUUGUUAUUUUGUCAUGCAGCCGCAAUUAUCAUCUCAACAGCCCUACACAUUUUCGACAUUUCAUCCGCCAGCACGUUCGCUAUAUUUGUCUGGUUCGCCCUGUCAACAGUUGGAGCGGUUUUGUUCUACCAUUUCGUUAAGGUUUCGGCAUCCGGUAAAGGCAUCCUCAUAACAGGAUGUGAAUCUCCACUAGCAUGGUAUCUGGCAAAGAAACUUGACGACUUAGGUUUUACAAUCUACGCAGGAUUCGCUACAGAAAUUGACUGUGAUGAAGCUCAAAUCUUGAAGGAGGAAUGUUCGGGCCGCAUCAAAAUUGUUCACCUCGACAUAACUUCAGAGAAAACGAUGUUGGAAGCUUCAUUGUAUAUUUCGCAACAUUUGCCCUAUGGCGCGAGUGGAUUGUGGGGUAUCAUACAUUGCGCUAGCUGGAUUGCACUCGGUGAAAUUGAAUGGGUUCCAUUUGCUGUUUUGCGAAAGUCGUUGGAUUAUAAUCUAUUAGGUGCUGCACGCUUAACGCAAAUCCUUCUUCCCCUAAUACGCAAGGCUAAUGGUCGUAUUGUAUUCCUCACAUCUGUUUGUUUCCCAUCAGGAUUGAGCCGCAUUCCUGCCCCCGUACGUGGCAUCCAAUGUGCAACCCAAGCCGCUGUGGAAGCUUUAGCUAACUGCCUGCGACAGGAACUCCGUCCACGUGGUGUAGAUGUAUCCGUUGUAUCAGCCGGUGAAUUCUCUAUUGGAAAUGGAUGGCUUACUGAGGACGACCUUCGUGAUCAGGUAAGUGAGGCAAAGAAAAUGUGGGCCCAAUUGAGUGACGAACAGAAAAAGACAUUCGGCGAAGACUACUAUGAAGCUGCCAUGACAUCCAUCGAGAAACAAACCCGAGAGGUAUCUGACAUUCAACCUGCCCUUCGUGUCCUUAUUGAUGCUGUUACUCGCACCUUCCCGCUGGCACGCUACACACCAGUCAGUACAGGAGACAAAAUUCAAAUCUUCUUGGCCGAACAUCUUCCAGUUUCACUUUAUGAAGCAAUCUAUUGCAAAAAAUAGAUUGUGGUGCAUAAAAAAAACAAUCUAUAUCUGUUGUAGUUCAGAUCAAUGUAACGGAAAAAUCAGGUCGCUCUUCAGAAAUCCAAGAAAACACAGAUAUUUAGAUAUUCAAUCCUGCACUGGGUUGAAUGUAGUAAGAUUUGAAAUUUUCACACCCUUCAUUGUUUUAGUAUGAAUUAUUGUCACCCCUUGACCCCCAAUUGACUUGAAGAUAGUCUUCGAAAAUUCAGUUUUCUUAUCACACAUACGUUUUUACAUUUAUUUCGAGUGAUUUUCUUUUUAUGGAUACAAGUACUUCCGAGAGGAAUAGCAUUUCUAAUUUUAAUUUAUUUUUAAUUUAUAGUUAAAUUUAAUUGUUAAUUUGAGGAAACACUACAGCAAGUUGUAACCGAAGAUAAUAAACAUUUUAGUGUUUAUGGAAUUAAUUGAAACCAGUAAAUAAAAGUCAGAUAUCAGGAACA